AUAAAAAGGAAGGUCCAUGGUUAGGUUCAGUCCCUAGUGAUGAGAACAGAGUCUCUCUCUUAGAUCUCUAGAUUCGUUUUUCUAAGUUGUAACAGAGCAAAAACGAAGACCCAAAGGGAAUCGAAUCGGAAGUGGAAUACAGGGGACUUGGGUUUGUUCUCUCCCUUUCAACUACCACUUUGGAAAGAAGAGAGCAGGGAGAGAGAGGAAUUAUAAAGCAAAUAUAUGUAUAUAUAUAUAAACACUACUGGAUAUUAAUGUUGGCAGCAGUAGCAGCAGCAGUGGUCUCUAUAUAUGUAUAAAUAUAUUGGUUUGUUUUUGCGUAUUUCUUGGUUUGCUUAUCUCUUUUCCUGCUUUUGAGGGCUAGCCGUCUUUGGCGUUCUGCACUGCCUUUUGUCUGUAGAGAUUGGUGGCGCAUUGAAUUACUUUAAUUGAAGAGAUCCAUAGCUGGAGAUUUUUUACUUUUUUUAUGCUUCGUUGCUGUUUCAAGACAUUUGUGGCUAUCUCUGCAGAAUCUUAUAAUUGAGAAAUCUUAAAUAGUCUCUCUCUCUCUCUCUCUCUCUCUCUCUCGCUCUCGCCUCAACUGUACUUAAUUGAUAGCCAGCGUGCCUGUUUUCCAUUCUGGAAACAAGGAAGAAAAAGUUGAUAAAUCAAAGCAUAGCAAAGGACAGGCUUUGAAAACUUAGUCUGUCAUUUGGGUCAUAGACGGAUCUGUGAUCGGUUUCCUCAAUCCUUUUACUCGAAAGAGACGUCUCAGAACGAGAUCCACCAGAAUUUAGACGUUGCCUUUAGACAAGAAAAAAGGGUACAAUGUUGCCUCAGAAGCAAGCAGAAGAAGCUAUAGUCUCCAACGUCAGCGAGAUGGAGCAUGAGGGCAAAGAGGAAGAGAAAGAAGAACAUUCCAUGUUUAGCGUCAAGAGCUUUCUCUGGCAUGGUGGUUCUGCCUGGGAUGCUUGGUUCAGUUGUGCUUCCAAUCAAGUAGCGCAAGUACUGUUGACACUGCCUUACUCCUUCUCUCAACUGGGUUUGCUGUCAGGGAUUUUGUUCCAAAUAUUCUAUGGUCUUCUAGGAAGCUGGACUGCUUAUCUUAUCAGUGUGCUGUACAUAGAGUAUAGAAGCCGAAAGGAGAAAGAGAACGUUAACUUCAAGAACCAUGUCAUACAGUGGUUUGAAGUUCUUGAUGGGUUACUGGGUCCAUAUUGGAAGGCAGUAGGACUUGCCUUCAACUGUACUUUCCUCCUCUUUGGAUCUGUCAUUCAGCUAAUUGCUUGUGCAAGUAACAUAUAUUACAUCAACGACCAUUUGGACAAGAGGACAUGGACAUACAUUUUUGGAGCUUGCUGUGCUACUACAGUUUUCAUACCUUCCUUUCACAACUACCGGAUUUGGUCUUUUCUUGGCCUUGGCAUGACCACUUACACUGCCUGGUACCUCACCAUAGCAGCACUUGUUCAUGGCCAGGUUGAAGGAGUAACACACACGGGUCCAAAAAAACUGGUGCUUUACUUUACCGGAGCAACCAACAUUCUGUAUACCUUCGGUGGACACGCUGUUACAGUGGAAAUCAUGCACGCUAUGUGGAAGCCUCAAAAGUUCAAGUACAUAUAUUUAUUAGCUACAGUAUACGUUUUUACAUUAACAAUUCCAUCUGCUACCGCCGUCUACUGGGCUUUCGGCGAUGAGCUACUUAACCACUCUAAUGCCUUCUCACUUCUCCCCAAAUCUGGAUUCCGCGAUGCUGCCGUUAUCUUAAUGCUUAUUCACCAGUUCAUAACAUUUGGGUUCGCAUGUACACCUCUGUACUUUGUGUGGGAGAAGGUGAUAGGAAUGCACGACACCAAGAGCAUGUGCCUGAGGGCACUUGCGAGGCUGCCGGUGGUGAUACCCAUAUGGUUUUUGGCCAUCAUUUUCCCAUUUUUUGGUCCAAUUAACUCUGCAGUCGGUGCUCUUCUGGUCAGCUUCACCGUCUACAUCAUCCCGUCUUUAGCCCAUAUGCUUACCUACAGAAAAGCCUCUGCCAGACAGAACGCAGCAGAGAAACCUCCUUUCUUUUUACGAAGCUGGGCUGCCAUGUACAUCUUAAACACCUUCGUGGCAGUGUGGGUUUUGGUGGUUGGUUUUGGGUUCGGUGGAUGGGCUAGUAUGGCCAACUUUGUCAAGCAAGUAGACACAUUUGGACUGUUCGCCAAAUGCUACCAAUGCAAGCCUCCACUACCUCCACCAACUUCAAAUUCUACAACUACUGCUGCUACCCAUCACCGCUGAGACUAAGCUCUUCAACCUGAAAAUCAGAUUCUCUCUUCUUAUUUUGUAUCAUACAUGGGGAGAUUGCAGUAUCUUUCCCUUCCACUUCAUGUGUGCUGGAUUUUCCUUCUUUCUCUUUGCUUUUCCAUUUAUUUUUUUUUCACUUUCCUUAAAUUAGUUGAUAAAAUAGUGUGUUGAAUUUGUAAUGAUUCCUCUGCUAUCAAAGCAUAGGCUAAUUAAAUCAGAAAUUAAUAUAAUAUAUAAAUAGUGUUCUUCA